CGGGAUACCGGGGCGGAGCGACUAACCGGAAACAACGGAGUUUGGGCUUUUUUUUUUUUUUUUUAGGCACCUGUCUAGUGUGGGACUGCUGGGAGCGUGAAUGGUUUGUUGGACCGUUGGCUGCUGUAGGAUGUUGUAGCCCGGGCAUCCGCCACCGCCCUGUAUGCUGGAAGCUGACAGACCCAGGAAGUGCGGGCCGAGCGCCGGUCCUCCCCUAUGAGAUCUGCACAGGAGCCUGCAGCCGUCUGGACGUAGGUGGCAAGCGGAGCCAUUGUCCCUGUAAGCCUGCCCAUCCCAGCGACACCCGCAGGACACAAGGAUACUAUGGGAAGCCUCCACCAUGAAGUUGCUGAGUGGAUGUGAGAUGGUACCUUGGCAAGUCUGUGCGGUGAUGUGAUCAGCUUCUUUGGCCCCUGCGGGUACUCUGCUGGGUCAUUUUUGGCCCCCCCACUGUUUUCUGCCUCUGUGGUUUGGGAGUCUCCUAGCAUCAGCUGGGAUUUGGAGGAAUAGCUCUUAUGGUAUAUUAACAUGGACCAUAGCAACAGGGAGAAAGAUGACCGACCACGAGCAACUAAAGCUUUGCCAGUACGGACUGGUCAUAGCUCCCGGCCGUCCAGCUCGACCACCUCCUCAGGGGUUCUUAUGGUGGGACCCAACUUUAGGGUGGGAAAGAAGAUUGGCUGUGGAAACUUUGGGGAACUACGGUUAGGCAAGAAUCUUUACACAAAUGAAUAUGUGGCAAUUAAACUGGAACCAAUUAAAUCUCGUGCUCCUCAGCUUCAUCUGGAAUAUCGGUUUUACAAGCAACUAGGGAGUACAGCUGAUGGGCUUCCCCAGGUUUUCUACUUUGGUCCUUGUGGAAAGUACAAUGCCAUGGUACUGGAGCUUCUGGGUCCGAGCUUAGAAGACUUGUUUGACCUAUGUGACAGGACUUUUACCUUGAAGACUGUGCUCAUGAUAGCUAUUCAGUUGAUCUCAAGGAUGGAAUAUGUGCAUUCUAAGAACCUCAUUUACAGAGACGUUAAGCCAGAGAAUUUCUUAAUUGGUCGCCAGGGGAAUAAGCGAGAACAUGUCAUCCACAUUAUUGACUUUGGACUGGCCAAGGAAUAUAUAGACCCAGAAACCAAAAAGCACAUACCUUAUCGGGAACACAAGAGUUUAACUGGAACAGCAAGAUACAUGUCCAUAAACACCCACUUAGGAAAAGAACAAAGCCGAAGAGAUGACCUGGAGGCACUGGGACAUAUGUUCAUGUAUUUCUUACGAGGGAGCCUUCCAUGGCAAGGCCUAAAGGCAGAUACACUGAAGGAGCGCUACCAAAAGAUUGGGGACACGAAACGUAACACUCCGGUAGAAGUCCUCUGUGAGAAUUUCCCAGAGGAGAUGGCGACUUACUUAAGAUAUGUAAGAAGGCUGGAUUUCUUUGAGAAGCCAGAUUAUGAUUAUUUGCGGACGCUGUUCUCUGAACUGUUUGAACGGAAAGGAUACACCUAUGACUAUGUUUACGACUGGGUUGGCAGGCCAAUUCCUACUCCAGUGGGAUCCGUCCACGUAGAUUCCGGAACCUCUGCGAUAACCAGGGACAGCCAUGCCCAUCGGGAGCGGCCGUCACAGACCCAGCCCCUGAGAAACCAGACGGGCGCGCCAGACCGCCGAGGAGCUUGGGAGUUACAGGCCAGCCGACAGGCUCACCCCGCUUACCUGGCACCUCACCUGGCAUCAGACCGGCAUGGGGGAUCUGUGCAGGUGAUGAGUUCAACAAAUGGGCAGCUGAAUGCUGAUGACCAAACAGGGGGUCACUCCAAUGCACCGAUCACAGCGCAGGCCGAGGUGGAGGUUGUGGAAGAAGCUAAGUGCUGCUGUUUUUUUAAAAGAAAAAGGAAGAACCACUCUCAGAGACACCAUAAGUGAACUCCAUAAUCCACUUGGGAGGAAACUAUCAGAUUAGCGUCUACAGUGUCGCUGUGUCAAUGACUCUAGGGCAUUGGGGGUGAGGAUGUAGGUUCCACGUGGUGUAAAUCUUCAGGGGGAAAUUGGACACCAGAAAUCCGAAUGUCAUUGGAUGCAAAGGAAGGCCGCCCCAGAAGUGGUUCCUGAGUUGAGGUGCAAUAAUGCCGAUCCCUCAGAGCCAAGAGCCCUAAGACAAAGGGCCGUACCUAUGGCUCAGAACAGGGACUGCCGGGGACCACUCUUCCAAUCCAUUUGUAUUAACUACAUAGGUUACUGCACUCCCUCGUUGCUUGAAUGAAAGAUGUCCUUACCACCACUAACCCAUUUUCUCCCUUAAUAGCCAUGGUAGGGGGGUUGCAUCUCACAGCUCCCUAAAAGUCCCUCAUCCCAGUAUCUAAGACUGGAGGGAAUAGAAACUUGACUACAUUUUAUUUAGAAAAAAAAAAUGGUCCCAACCUUUUGGUCCCAAAUUAAUUUUUUUUUUGUUCCCCUUCUAAUCUUCCUUUUUGUAUCUCCUGAGAAAUAAAGUAUAGACAAUUUAAAGCAUUCCACAGUAGAUGGCCCGCUUCCUGCAUGGGUAAAUGCCUCACGGAGUCUGUCUUGCACUACUGGCUUUAAACUAAAUAUACCUUUUUUUUUUUUUUUUCCUUUUUUUUUAUAUUGAUAAGACGUGUACAUUCUCUCGCUCUGCUGCACGUUCACCUCGGAGCGAGGCUUGGGCUCAGGUUUUAGAAUGAUGAAGCCUUGUUUCCCUGCUUAGCUUUAUGUAGACAGCAGACCACAACUGAUUAAACUGAGGAGAAGUAUUUAGAGUUGCUGCUUCAGGGGAUAAAAAAAUAAAAUCAGAUCGGAACUGAUAAAUGGACUAAAUACUAUGGGAAUACCUCUCUAUGCUUGAAUUCUUACUGUAGAUCAUCUUGCAAUGUUAUACUUUUAAUAGGAACCAUCUGAAUCCUUUGGUUUCAUUUUAGCAUGGUAUUUUAGACUAUACCUUUCCUACAAAACAAUACUUUGUGUUUUCAAUUACUGUGGCGGGUAACCAAUGUUCCCCUGUUAUAGCAUACACUGAGUUUGGCUGCAAAAAACAAACAAACUGUGAAAUGAUUUUUUUUUUUUUUUUUUUUUUUACAACUAUUUUAUCUUUAUCAUGGCUGGUUCUAGGUUUUUAUAUUUGGACAAGGUUUUAUUUGUCAGUCCAGAUGUUAUUUUGUAGAAUUUUCUUUGCUGGAAUCAUGAAGUCUAGAAUUUUGUAUCCAUGCAUUGAGUAAGCAGACUUCAAAAUGGCCAUAUAUAAUAUUGCAGUAAGCCAACCGUGCGCAAGUCUGGUGUCAUUCCGAAGUAAGCCAUUCUGAUUUCUGCAUCACAUUUCCAUGGUCUCCACCAAGAACCAGUAACGAAUCCUAUUCUUUUUCAGUUUCAAGAUUGUGAAUUGCUACUCCAGCAUUAUAUAGUUCAGCCUUUGAAUGCCGGAAGUGAUUAUUUCUCGCGCACUGAUGAGGCCGGGAUACCUGGUGGUAUACAAAACUAAGGUUUCCCUUCUGAUCCAGUGUCUUUGAUUUGAUUCAGAUCAGUCUUCAUUUCAAGCUUCCAGACACUGAAAACAAUUGCCACAAGGAUAUGCCUCGUGUAGAUGUUUUAAUUUUUUUUUUGUUUUUGGCGUUAAACAAGGACUUAAGUUAUUCCUACUUUCGUUUCAUGGAUGGAUCAAUCCCUUCCCCUCAGGAAUCAUCAACGAUGUCCCUUCAUUGUACAGAUCAAUUGUUUUUUUUGGUUUUUUUCUUCCUUUUUUGUAUUUUUAAAGGUAUAUUUAAUUUAGAGUAUUGCAUUGCACUGUAGCUAAAGGGGGAUUUUUUUAAGCUGUUUUUUGUGUUUCUUUUAAGAACUUUAAUAAAUGUUUGUCUGUUAAAUG